ACCGACGCACCGGCUAGUGUGAUAGCAAGAUGAAUCCGGAAAAGCUGAAGAAAAUGCAGAGCGAGGUGCGCAUCGGCGGCAAGGGCAUGCCCCGCCGUAAGAAGAAGAUCGUUCACACCAGCUCGGCCGUCGACGACAAGAAGUUGCAGCUGUCGCUGAAAAAGCUCGGCGUCAAUACGAUCCCCGGUAUCGAGGAGGUGAACAUGAUCAAAAACGAUGGCUCGGUGAUCCAUUUCAACAACCCAAAGACACAGGCUUCCCUGGGCACCAAUACGUUUGCCAUUACCGGCCACAGCGAAACGAAAAUGAUCACGGAAAUGCUGCCCAACAUCAUCUCCCAGCUCGGACCGGAAGGUUUAAAUCAGCUGAAAAAGUUGGCCACGGCGGCCGCCGCCGAGGAGGACGACGAUGUACCAGAGCUGACCGAGAACUUCGAGGAGGUGUCGAAGAAGGAAGCGGAAACGAAAGAAGCUGCCGCCGCAGCCAGCUCCAAGACGCCAGAGGUUCCCGCUUCUUCAUAA